AUAACUGUGCUAUUAAGAUAAAGUCGUGUUUUGUGAGGGCCGCUAGUUAGCAAGCUAGCUAACAUGAUCAUUAGCUAAAUGAUCUUACUUCAGCUGUGGGCUAUUGCCAGGUGCUGUGAGCGGAGGCUUUUGAACCGAGCUAGAGAACUGCUGUCACGGCAUGGAUGCGUUUGACGAUGCCAUACUGUCUGUGUUGCAGGCUGCGAAUAUUGACUAUGAAGCUUUGAGAAGCUUUACCCGGGAUGACCUGAAGGAUCUCUUUCCAGGCCAUGAAAAUUUCUUCCGGAGAAAGAAGCUUUGGAAUUUCAUAAUCCAACAGUGGAAAGGAAAAGGACUGUAAGAUGUCGAAGGAGCUCUGUUGCAGACUUAUAAGGAACACAGUCACCAGCAUGGUUGCAAUCCUCCGUGCUAGUCCCAUGGGGAAAGAAGUAGGAUACCCCUCCAAACUUGAAAUGAGAGCAAUGUCACAGAAGAUUGUCGACUAUUACCCUAUGUUACGUGAUGCUGACACACACAUGCCAUAUGUGACCAUCUACACCAAACUGUACAAGCGACUCCAAAAUAUGAAGUCUCCAAGGAAGAGGCAGGGUUCCAUGCUGCAGCGAGUCCAAAUUUUGGACCUGGAGUUUGAGGCCAGACGAGCUUUUAUUGAUGCAGAUGUUACAAGGGAAGAAGACAGGCCCACAAAAAUAUUUGAAGCAUACCCGUGCUUCAAAGAUAUUCGAAAUGCGAUGGAUGAACUGCGUCGCAUCGUUGGUGGUUCCAACUGCAAAUGCAUAGAUCAAAUGAAGGGUAGAUGGGCAGAGUUUUGUUCGAAAGUGCAGUUCUAUGGCAUUUGGAAGAAGGUCCUGAAACCUCCUCUCCCCUUGGAUGUACGUGGAGGUAAGUGGCCUUUUCAUACAUUAAAUCCAUACAUCAGAUAUGUUCAGAUUACUUUAUUAAGAUACUUUUCUCUGUCCACAGUGGAGUUUACUGUCACUCUCUUCAAUGCACUUCCAUCUCUUUUUCCUUCACCAACUACACCACCAAAGCGGCUGGGAAGUGCCAGUGAGGCUCUCCUUCAUAUCCUCCAGCCAGGUGAAGAUGCUAUGCUAUACCUGGAGAAGCGGCCUCUCUCCUCCCCAGUGCUGCUUUUUGAUGGCACAACCAGCAUUGUUGCUGUAGGAAACAUACCAGUGACCACUCUCCCCUUGGAGGAUUUCUGGGAAGGAAUGUUGGUGUUGAUGGCAUAUUACUACACCUUGCACUUAACAUACCCGAAAUGUGUUGCAACGGUCCUCUCUGUCAUACAAACUGAGGUAAUCACUGAUGCCAUCCAUGAUCAAGAUGCCACUUGUGCAUAUAAGAAAGCAGUAGCUGAGUGGAAGUCAUUCUUUGAAAAAUAGGUGAAUACCAAGCAGAAUUUUAUCAGGUCAUUUGCAGUUUGUUUAGCUUUGUAGUGCGUUUGUACAACUUUGUUCCUAAUUUGCCUAGCAAUGUCCUGAGAAACUGCUUUACUUAUGCCUUACAAAUGAAAGUUGUUGUUUUUUUUUUUCUCUUAAUGACACUUUACCUGAGGCAUGUAAAGUUUUAAAUUAGUAAUGCCGUUAUUUACAACAUUGUGAGAUUAUGUGACUGUCACAAAGGUUUAGGGCCAAAAAUGUAAUUUCUUUUCUCUGUUUAGGCCUUCUAAAGGGUUGAUUUAGACUUUUAGGGAUUGUGCAGCAGCCCUAUAUUGUUUACAAAAAGGGUUUUGUUCUCAUGAGAGGAAUAAAUGUUGACAUAUAUCACUCUUGUCCUGGCUGUGAUUUCAGUAGAAGCCAAGGAAUAUUCUAGGAAAAAGGUCUGUUUUAAGGUUUUUGUGCUUGGAUUUAAUAUGGAUUAGGCUCUAUUUUAAGAUAAGCCAACCUGAAUCAAGAAACAAAUUAAUCAUACUUCACUAAUACUUAGUAGAUUUUCAUAGUAUUAGAACUAUUUUUCUCGUUGCAGUGCAUUCAUUUGCUGCAAGUAAGAAUUCAAAACAUAAAAAAGACUGUAAUUUAGCAUAUUUAACUUACUUUUGGGACUUGAUAUGAAGUAAUUUUAUCUAAAAUUGAGUUUUUAAAAGCUUAUUUUAACCCUCUUCAAUUCUCAAAUGUGUUCUUUUAUUUCUGGAUUAAAAAAUCUUAUUUCAAGAUUUCUUAUUAAGUAAAAUUAACUUGCUGCAUGGACAGAUAAUUUCACUUGUUUUCAGUGCUUUUUGUAUCAAAUGUAGUAUUUGUUUCCUAAAUGUAGACUACCCAU